UUUCAGGUCCGUUGCACCAUGUCCGACGACGAAAUCGUUUGCAUUUUAGACACCCGUAACAAUCAAAAAGAAAAAGACCGGCAGAUAACUCGUGAAGUGAACAAUUUGAUAAUUGAACAAGAAAAUACUCAGAAUCGUGUCAUUGCUCCAUCUCCACAAUUGAUGGUUGCAAUCAGACAAUCUGUUGAGCAGAGGCAAGAGUAUAUUAGAAGAAUGUCAAUUGAUAUUCAAAGAAUGUUGAUUCCGUAUGGAGAAGAUGUUUAUUUGAUCAGUGAUAUGAUGCUCUUAAAAGAGGAAGUCGUGCAACAUAUUGAUUUCCAAUUCCUCAAAAAUAAAGUGGUACCGCCACCGCCCGUGUUCUACAGUAGUACAAUCUACUUUUUGUACAAACAGGCGACUUGUCAAAGAAUGGGCCCGAUUUAUCUGCAACAGCUUGGUAACGUUGUGACUCUCCGUAUAAAGGAAAACUAUCCGGCCAUCAAGACUAUCUCGGAUUAUCCUUCUUUGAAAUCAAUUAUUGAAUUUUAUAGUCGCUUCGAAAUGGGAAAUGGUCCGGAUUUUUUCGUCAAAAAAGAAGAGUCACAAAGACAGUUUGAGGUUGUCCUUGGCGAGGCGUUUCAGUACAUCAACUUGUUUCACAAGAAACACGGGACACCACCUGCACCUCCACAGUUUCUGAUUAAAUUCUGCAUUCUCAUGCAUCAACUAGGAUUUCAAGAAUGGACAGCCGAGAGCUUUGACGUAAUUGUGGUGGAUAGAUUGAGGAGAAACCUUCGGAACAUUGAUCAACGUUUCUUUGAUUCAAUUCGAGAUGCUUUUGGAAUUUAUCUGAAGCGUUUUUAAAUGUUAUUGUUUUUUUUGUUUUCCAUUGGAAUGUUUGAAUAUUGAGUGAAUAAAAUAUAUUUUGAGCGAAA